AUGUCAGUGGAUAAGACAAUUGAGGAGCUAAGCUAUACCUUGACUCAGUUAGGUAACCUGGUGGGUCAUAUUAAUUCACAAAUUGGACAACUUGCAUCCAGGAUUAAUUUAACAUUAGAUACAUUCGAUCAUUCGGUAGCAGGCAUAGCAAUUGAUGCAGAAAUUAUGUCAACUCACGUUGCUAAUACUAUAUCACAGGUACCAAACGGUUGGUUGCUUUAUUUGUUGCUUUUGACGAUAAUUGUUGUAUUUUUGCUACUAUCGGUUACAUUAAUAUUAGGCACAAUAAAAAGAAGUUUUGAUGUGUAUGAAUUGUUCAAGAAACUUUCCACUUCUGAUUUCGGUCAUUCUUAUGGUCAUGGACAGUAUAGAUUAGGGUCGAAUGAUGUCGUCAAACAAGAUCAUAUCUCAAUAUCCAUGGAUAUGGAACAUGAACCGAGACGAGUUGGUCGAGAAAUUAAUGGUGACAUUAAAAAACGAAGACCACAACCAGAUAGAACUCAUAGAUUGCAAUAUCGCAAUUAUGCAUCAUCAUUCAACAAUGACCAGUAUCUUACAACAACAAUAGUAACAACAUCCGACCCUUCAAACAUUCCUACAACAACAUUUACAAAUAGUAUUGCUCAAGUUUAA